GAGAACCUGCAGGACGAAAUGGCAUACAUUGUGGAGAACGACAUCAUUGUGGCAGCCCUAACAAAACAGCUGGAGAAUCUGUCUGGUGAAGGUCCUGUACAAAACCAAGGUGGUGAUGUACACUUGGCCCAAGUCUUACCAGAUAGCUGAAUCCAUCCCCUGGGUUCAGGUCACCCUGGCCAAUGGACAGACAUUUCAAACCAAACUACUGAUCAGUCCAACAGCUGAGUAGUAGCUCUUAUUUUAUGAAUGUUGUGAAUGUUAUUGUUUUUUAGCAUUUGACCAUGAUGCUCUAGGCUAUAACCACUGUGAUUGGCUGUUUUUCAGAUUGGAGCAGAUGGGCCAAAUUUGAUGGUGAGGCAGUGGAAUUAAGACCAAUCAGCUGUUGUGGCUGUCCUUCAUCUGUGAGAUGUACAUCUUACAACCUGUCAAUUUCACCAACACACCAUGUAUUACCAUAUAAUAACACCUAGAGGGAUACUCUAUUAUUUUCAUGUUUUACCGUAUUUACCAAAUUGAUUUAUAAAGCCCUUCUUACAUCAGCUGAUAUCUCUGUACAGAAACCCAGCCUGAAACCCCAAACAGCAAGUAUUGCAUGUGUAGAAGCACAAUGGCCAGGAAAAACACCUUAGAAAGGCCAGAACCUAGGAAGAAACCUAGAGAAGAACCAGGCUAUGAGGGGUGGCCAGUCCUCUUCUGGCUGUGCCAGUUGGAGAUUAUAACAGAACAUGGCCAAGAUGUUCAAAUGUUCAUAAGUGACCAGCAGGGUCAAAUAAUAAUAAUCACAGUGGAUGUCGAGGGUGCAACAGGUCAGCGCCUCAGGAGUAAAUGUCAGUUGGCUUUUCAUAGCCGAUCAUAUACCCUUCUUAUACAGCCAACAGAGAACAAUGUUGCGUGGCAGAGUUUCCUUCCAACAGGACCCAUAGCAAUGUUACCGUUGUCGGACACAGAGAGCUCUUUGGUGUGGUCGACUAGCCACCGCCUCGCUGAGGAGCUACUGCAGCUAGUUGAGGAGAGCUUUGUGGACACCAUCAACUCUGCCUUUUGGCGUGGCAAGAAUCGGCCCAAAAAGCCAGGUCAUGUUCCUCCUGGGCAUGGGCCACGCAUCAGAGUACAUCAGGCACCGGGUGGCCCUCAUCGGGGGCCAUGCAGCAUCUGUUGGAAUAUGAGGCGGAACGGCAGCAACACAAACUGCUCAUGAUGGCCGCCAUCGACCUGAUGAAACGACUCUACUCAACUAACGCUGCCCAUGUGGUUCUCUUACGCACCUUCGGUCUGCAAGCCACCAACACACUA